AUGCCUAGGUCUAUGGGACCACCUUCCAAAACAAGAAAACUCAACAACGUCAAGGUCAUACCAGCCGACCAACAGAUCUUCAAGGGCUUGGUAUUCUUCUUCUUCCCAAACAAUGAUGUCUCUCCCUUCAGACGCUUGCGUAUCCAGCGAGCACAAGAAUACGGUGCUCGGUGGAGUCGUGAAUGGGCGGACGACAUUACACAUGCGAUUCUCGACAAGGGGUUGCAAGUGAAUGACCUUCGGGGCCAUCUAAAGAUGGAAGACUUGCCUGUUAGUCGAGUCACAGGAUGGAUGACACCCUUACUAACUGAGAAACAGACGAAUGUUGUCAUUGUCAACGAAACUUACCCUUCUAAGUGCAUUCAAUUUCGUUCAGUACUUAAUCACUCCCAGGUUCGGUUCCGCGUGGAAGGAACUCUCUCAGUGCUUCAAACAGAGGAUCAUGCUAUACCGGUACCACAAGGUGCUGCUUUGAAGCCUCCUGCUGAGAGCCUUGACCAAGGAGCAGCUGGAUCACAGAACAGUCAAUGUUCGAGCCAGCAGGGUGCUGGGAGCCAGAUUGAUCCAGAUGUGAACACUGCUGAUCAAGAUCUUGCUGCUCAAUUAAUCCAGGGUCCUGCUGCCCACUCAGACCAGCCACCGGACUCGUCAAACUUGGCUUUCGGGAGCACCGUACCCAAUAGCGGCACGAAAGAGCUCGUGUCCGAGUCAUGCGAAGAGGAUGCAGGUGAACAGGGCAUGCAUAAAGGUAAAUGGAAGCGCGAUGCUCUGGAUGAUAUCAUAGACGAGGCCAAGGCUACAAGCCAUUUGCCUCUGGAUUUCAUGGAGUCCCCAGAUGACGAUAACGCCGUUGACACCGAAACCGAAACCUCCAGCUCGGACGAGUCAACUCCAAGAGCGCCCAAAUACCGAAAGAGAGAAGCUUCGGGAAAGACUGAUUGGACAAAUGGCUUUGCCUGCAUGCAGCAGUUCGAGCCAGAAACGAAGGGCAAAAAUCCCAACAGUGGCACAAUUGACAUACUCCAACAAAUGCUGGACUAUUACACUCGGAACGCUGAUCAGUGGCGGGUAAUGGCAUACCGAAGAGCAAUCGCGGCCUUGAAGAAAAAGAAAACAAAGAUCACAACCAAAGCGCAGGCCAGGGCUAUCCCUGGUGUUGGAGAGCGGUUGGCAGACAAGAUCGAAGAGAUUGUAUUGACCAAUCGUCUCCGACGUCUUGAGAAUGCGAACAACAGCCCCGAGGAUCUCAUAAUCCAGAAAUUCCUCGGCGUGUACGGCGCCGGUCUGUCCCAGGCUUCAAAAUGGGUUGCACAAGGAUACAGAUCUUUGGAAGAUCUAUUGGAGAAGGCCCCUCUCAGCAAGCAACAGCGGAUAGGAGUGGAGCGUUACAACGACUUUGCCCAGAGAAUCCCUCGUAAAGAGGUUGAAGCCCAUGGCACAAUCGUUCGAAAGGCAGUACAAAGUGUGGACAAGGACAUGCAGGUCAUUGUCGGGGGAUCUUACCGCCGCGGAGCACUCUCUUGCGGUGAUGUCGAUUGCUUAAUCACCAAACGUGGAGCAACCCUUGAGCAGAUUCGCAAUGUGGUGCUCGCAAUGAUUGUCCCCAAGCUGGUCAGCAAUGGGUUCCUCAAAGCGAGUCUCUCCAUACCAUCUCAUCAAGACGGUUCUAAGUGGCAUGGUGCUUCAGCGUUGCCAGGCUCCGAUCUGUGGCGUCGGAUCGAUUUGCUGUUUGUUCCUGAUGCGGAGAUUGGUGCGGCAUUGCUAUACUUCACUGGAAAUGAUAUAUUCAACCGGAGCAUGAGAUUGCUGUCGAGAAAGAAGGGCAUGUGUUUGAACCAGAGGGGCCUUUAUACUGAUGUACUACGGGAUGGCCAGGUGAAGCUGAACGAGGGUCGAUUGGUUGAGAGCCGCGAUGAGCGUCGUAUCUUUGCUGUGUUGGGUGUACCAUGGCGACCUCCUGAGCACCGGAUCUGUUAA